AUGAUGAUGCGACCCGUUGUGUGUUUGCUGGUUUUUCUGCUGAGUGUUGCCUCUGUAUGCAUGGAAGCUAAGGGUCAGCCUGGUGAGGAACAUACGCAUGAAACAGCUGCUUCGGAAUGCCCUACUAAACCACAAGGGGAGUGUCUAAAAGAAGUAAAACCAGCAGGAGCACCUCCAACUACUUCUCUUCCUGUUCAACAACCACAAGUACCUUCUGGUGGUGCUGAUUGUACUAGUGGCCAUCCGUGUACUACUAGUAGCGGAGUUGCACCUGGAACUACUUCUACUGAAUGUGAAAACCCUCCUAAGAAGGAAGGUUGCGCUAACCUUGAGCACCAAACUGAAGACACUUGCCCUGCUGAUUCUGGUAAAACUUGUCAAGCACCCCAACAGACUCUCACUCAAGCAAGUGAAGAUCACCCUGAUGGACAAGGUCCUCCUGGUGAACGUAUUCCCGACAGUGCUGAUUCUACCGGUAAAACACGUGAAUCUGCUGCUGAUCGUCCAUCUUCUGAUACUCAUUCUUCUGAACUUCCUCUUACUGUUGUUGAACCUACUGCUCCUGUACCUUCUGAUGAGAGUGUUGGUGCGUCUGCAAGUGCAUCUCCACCUGAAACCAACAGCAACAGUGUCGCAGGUGGCAAUUCAACUAAAGCGGACGGUGACGCAACACAAACGCCUUCAAACACUUCAGACAAAGAGAGUACGGAUGGUUCUGAAACAAAAGAGAACGGCAAUACAUCUGAAGUGGGUGAAUCAACAAGUAACCAAACUGAAGGUGAUGCGGUAAAUACAGCUACAACCACCACCACAACAACAACAACAACAACAACACUUCCUCCUGAACUCACAAAUAACAAGAAGGGUGAUGCAGACAGCAGCAGCAGUAUCAGCAGUUCUGUGUGGGUGCGUGUGCCACUACUGAUUGUGGUUACACUGGCCUGUAUUCUUGUAUGCUGA